AUGUCAAGUCGAUCUAAGACGGGCGCGAAGAACGGUUCUAAGAAAACGCGAUCGAAUGCGAUGUUAGAUGUUAAAGGUGGGUGCGAAGUCCAAGUGGAAGAUGGUGCGUGUAGUAGUGUGUCAGUGGUGGUCGAGGAAAACUCGGAGGCAAAUAAGCAACCGGACGAAACUCUACCCGGACAAGCAUGCAAGACAUGCGAUGGUCCGGACACCGACGACAUGGUUCAGUGUGACGAGUGCGAUAAAGGUCCAGCGACGAACUACAAUCCCCAACCAGAAUCCAGCGCUAGUGAAGCAAUUAUCCGACCGCAGAAACGAAGAACCAGUAGCUACAGAGGAUCAACAACUUCCGGUGCACCACCGUUUCAAUCACCAAAAACGGAUACCUCGUUCGGGACAAAGGCAGAAUCAAAACAGUCAGUCACAGGAGCCUUAUCAGUUGUUUCACGUAUUUCCUCAAAAUGUUCGUUGCUGAAAUUGGAGUUAAAGAAACUGGAGGAGGAACACGAGCUCGAAAAACAGGCAGCUGAGAAGCGGCGUCUGUACGUUGACAGAAAGUAUGACAUUCUUAAGCAGUUGGCAAACCGAUCAAACGUUGGUUCCUGUGACGGGUUAAGUCGAGCGAAUGACGGUGUGGAAAAUGGUCGAAGUCGAGUGAACGAUUGGAUAAAAAACGUAAACGCAUUCCAAGAUGAAAGAAAUGAAUCGAAUCAGUGUUCAGAGUAUUUCAGUCCUCGGAAAUUUUCUACAUUCAUUGCUUCUUGCACUGCCAGAGAACAAUCUAGUCCUGGGAAUGAACAACGUUCGGAAUCAAAUAAGUCUCAUCACGAUCAGCAGUCGUAUUCGGAAGUUUCUUGCAGCUACGUAAGAAAUUUCAGUCAAAGGUCGAUCCAGGAAUCGGAAACACGAAAUCAACGCCGUGAAAAUAAGCAGCGCACCGGAACCGGUGGUAGUUACAAUGGAAAUCCCAACGAUGAUGAAUUAAAUCAAUCGAUACGUCAGUCACAUACGUACGAUAGAUCCGGCUACAAGCGCGCUUCGAUCCGCGGCCCAUCUAUUCCGUUUCAAAACCAUUCAGUGCAACAGCAUGCAGCUCCGCCGACCAGACAGCAGCUUGCAGCUCGUCAAGCGGUGUCGAGGGACUUGCCCACGUUUUCCGGCAAUCCGGAGGAUUGGCCGAUCUUCUUCUCGUCGUUCAACAGUACAACAUCAAUGUGUGGAUUCUCAAACGAUGAGAAUAUCGUUCGACUGCAGAAGUGUUUAAAGGGUCGUGCAUACGAAGCAGUGAAAAGUAGACUGAUGCACCCGUCCAAUGUUCCGGGAAUAAUUGGAACCCUUCAGAUGAUGUUUGGCCAACCCGAAGCUAUAGUAUGCUCGUUAAUGAGUAAGAUUAAUGCCAUGCCACCUCUGAAGGAGGAAAAGUUAGAGACUAUCGUUGAAUUUGCAGUGAGCGUACAAAACUUUUGUGCGACAGUUGAUGCUUGUGGCCUGGAGGAUCAUCUCUACAACGUUUCUCUUCUUCAACAGCUGGUUAACAAACUUCCGUCGUCGAUUAAAUUAGACUGGGCGCGUCAUCGUCGAUCCGUCCCCAGGGUCAACUUGGCGACUUUUGGGAAUUGGGUGUAUUCUCUUGCUGAAGUCAUAAGCACUGUUUCUAUUCCUUCGAUUAUACAGGAGCCUAAGCUAGCUCGUAACGAUGGUCGCAACAACAAGAAAACCAGCGGUUUCUUGAAUGCACAUCUUGAGUCUCCAGAGCAAAACACCGUAGAUACACUAUCAAAUGCAAAGUACGCCGAAAAGACUCAACCCGUCUUCAGAGAUCGUCUAUAUAACCCUUGUUCAGUAUGCAAAGGCACGUGUAAGACGGUGGAGAAGUGCAAACGUUUUCUGGAUCUUUCUCGAGAUGGUCGAUGGGCUGCUAUACGUGAAUUCGGACUAUGUCGUACAUGCUUACGUUGUCACAAUGGAAAUUGCAAGGCAAAACCUUCUGGCAAGAAUGGUUGUACUGUCAGGCACCAUGAACUGUUACACAACGAUCAGAAAGCUGAGAGAUCUGCGGCAGUUAUAGCUAAUCCUGUGAGCGUAGCGUCCACAAUAACUGAGUCGAAUCAGUCUCAUGGAUGUAAUCUUCAUCGUACGUUAUCCUCCGCAGUACUAUUUCGAUAUCUUCCAGUUGUGCUGCAAGGGAUCAACAAAACCGUUCAUACCUAUGCUUUCUUUGAUGACGGUUCUGAACUCACUCUGCUGGAUAACAAGUUGGCUGAAGAGUUACAGCUUGAUGGUGAAAUUAGUCCACUCUGUUUACGGUGGACAGGAGGAAGAGAGCGUCAUGAAGAGAACUCCCGAAUUGUAGACGUAGGAAUAGCUGGAAUGAAUAGUAACGCUACUGUGUACAAUCUGCGUAAUGUACGUACGGUGGAAGAGCUGCUGUUACCUCCUCAAACGUUAGACGCGAUAGAAUUGUCCAACAUGUACCCACAUCUCCGGGGUUUACCCAUUAAAUCGUACCGCGAUGCGCAACCGCGUAUCCUUAUAGGUUUGAAACACACGCAAAUCAGUUUGGUUCUGCAAAUCAGAGAAGGUGGUAUGGAUCAGCCUAUUGCAGCGAAGACAAGGCUGGGGUGGACCGUCUAUGGCGGCUCUAUCGAGUGUGUUUCCCGUACAGUGCAGUGUGCCUUCCACGAGCAACACCAAGACCAGCGAACGGAGGAAAGCAUGCAUCAAGCAAUGAAAGAUUAUUUCGCUUUAGAUAGUACCGGAGUAUCGAAGCCGGAUAACGUGCUUUUAUCUACUGAAGAUCGUCGAUCCCAACACUUGCUGCAGUCUCUUACUAAAUUUAGGAACGGUCGGUACGAGACCGGACUUCUCUGGCGGUUCGAUCACAUACGUCUCCCCGAUAGCCGCGCUAUGGCUCUUCGGCGUUUUCAUUGCUUGGAAAAUCGCAUGAAGAAAGAUCCAGGUUUGGCCGAAGCUUUCAACUCGAAAAUUUUCGACUAUCUAGCGAAAGGAUACAUCCGCCAGCUUUCACUCAGCGAACUCGCUCGGCCGUACCAACGAACAUGGUAUCUUCCUAUCUUUCCCGUUACAAACCCAAACAAGCCUGGAAAAUUAAGAAUUGUUUGGGAUGCAGCAGCUACAUCUUACGGCCAAUCUCUUAACACCAAUCUGCUAAAGGGCCCUGAUCAGCUCAGCUCCCUGUUCUCCAUUCUUCUUCAGUUCAGGAAGUAUCGGAUCGGACUGACUGGUGACAUCCGUGAAAUGUUUCACCAGGUGGAUAUCUCUGAACAAGAUCAGCAAUGUCAACGGUUCUACUGGAGAGAUGAGUCCGGAGAAAUCGGUACCUUUGUGAUGCGUGUGAUGACGUUCGGAUCAUGCUGCUCUCCAAGCUGUGCCCAAUAUGUCAAAAACAUCAAUGCUCAGCGCCAUUCUCGAGACUACCCGGAAGCAGCAGAAGUGAUCAUCAAGAGUCACUACGUCGAUGAUAUGUUAGUCAGUGUCGAAAGUGAAGAGCAGGCCAUUGAAUUAGCACAGAAAGUAAAAUUCGUCCACUCGCAAGGCGGCUUUGAAAUUCGCAAUUGGAUUAGCAAUUCGAAUCGCGUCUUAGCAGCUCUGAAAGAAGGAAGUAUUGCGGAAAAGAAUUUGGAUCUGACCUCUGAGAUGGGUACCGAAAAGGUAUUAGGCAUGUGGUGGUGCACGACAUCGAAUACGUUCACGUACAGAGUUGGUUGGAGCAGACUUGAUCGCGCGCUCUUGGAAGGACGUCGUCAUCCUACAAAAAGAGAAGUCCUGCGAGUCCUUAUGACGAUAUUCGACCCUCUCGGUCUAAUUGCUAACUUUCUCAUGUUCCUGAAAAUUCUGCUGCAAGAAGUUUGGCGAUCUGGUGUCCAAUGGGAUGAUCCCAUUGACGAAUUGUCGUACGAAAAGUGGAAGCUGUGGCUAAAAGUUCUACCUGAAGUGGAGAAAGUGUCAGUCCCUCGCUGUUAUCGAGUUCUUACUAGUCUCAGCGCUAGAAUGGAGAUUCAGUUGCAUACAUUCGUUGAUGCUAGCGAGAACGGGUUCGCAGCUACUGUACAUCUUCGAUAUGUCCAGAACGGCAUGGUGGAAUGCAACUUAGUAUCGGCCAAGACGCGGGUGGCCCCAUUGAAAUUUACUUCAAUCCCAAGGCUCGAGCUUCAAGCUGCUGUAAUAGGUACACGGUUAGCACGAACGAUUGAAGAAUGCCUCUCCACUCCUAUAUCUAAACGCUACUUCUGGACUGAUUCAUGGGAUGUCAUUUGCUGGAUAAACUCAGAUCACCGGCGGUACUCACAGUUCGUUGCGUUCCGUAUUAGCGAAAUUCUCGAAUUAACUGAAAUUAAUGAAUGGCGCUGGGUACCCACCAAGUUAAACGUAGCUGACGACGCUACUAAAUGGGUUGGUCGACCGAAUAUGACUCCUGAAAACAGAUGGUUCAAAGGACCUGAAUUCCUCCAGCGUCCGGAAGAGGAGUGGCCUAAGUUUCCAACCAGAAAGAGCUCAACCACAGCAGAACUUCGACCGAGUCUUUUACUGCAUUACAUAACUCCUGAUGCCAUUAUUAUCGUAAACAAGUAUUCCAGUUGGAAACGGCUUGUCAACGUCGUCGCACGUGUUUAUCGUUUUCCUGCAAAUUGCCAUCGCAAACAGCAAGGGAAACCAAUCGUAACCGGUCCUCUCACAACCGAAGAGCUGCAGACUGGAGAGUGUUACCUCUAUCGCCGUGCGCAAAUAGAAGCUUAUCCGGAGGAAAUAGCCAUAUUACUGAAAGCCCAGGAAUACCCAGAAGAACCACGCAAGCAAAUACCAAAAAAUAGUGAACUCUAUCAGCUAUCACCGGUACUUGAUCGUUACGGAGUCGUAAGAAUGCAAGGAAGAACGCGGCACUGCGUCUAUGCUACUGAAGAUGCAAAAAACCCUAUAGUUAUGCCACGUGACCACUACAUAACCACCCUGAUAAUAGCAUAUUACCACAAUAAAUACCACCCCCAGAACCACGAAACCACCGUAAAUGAGCUUCGCCAGAAAUACAAGAUCGCUAGACUUCGAGUAUGUUACGCAAAGGUCAGAAGGCAGUGCCAGCGGUGUAAGAACGACAGCGCUGUUCCGUAUCCCCCGAUCAUGGCUGAUCUUCCGCCAGCACGAGUUGCGGCUUUCUCACGACCGUUUACGCAUGUUGGCGUCGACUAUUUCGGGCCAAUGGAGGUUGUCGUAGGAAGAAGAGUGGAGAAACGAUGGGGAAUGCUAGCCACCUGCUUGACAAUUCGCGCGAUCCACAUUGAAUUAGUACACUCACUCAACACAGACUCAUGCAUUAUGGCUCUCCGCAGAUUUAUCGCCCGUCGUGGUACGCCAAAAGUACUGUUCAGCGACCGCGGGACAAACUUCGUGGGCGCAAGCCGAGAACUUCGUGAGGCUGAGGGUACUAUAAACCAGCAGAAAAUUAUGGAAGAGUUUGUCUCCACAGAAACCCAGUGGCUGUUCAAUCCACCCGCCGCACCGCACAUGGGCGGCAGUUGGGAAAGACUAAUUCGCACAGUAAAGAAAAAUUUAGCCUCUAUAUGCCCAACAAAGAAACCUACAGAUGAAGUACUCCGCAGCCUUCUGACCGAAAUUGAAAGCGUGGUUAAUUCCCGUCCAUUGACUCAUGUACCAAUCGACGACGAAUCGGACCCUGCUCUUACACCGAAUCAUCUUCUGCUCGGCUCUUCAAACGGAACUAAGCCGUUAUCCGUAAACGACAACAGCGGUUUGGCGUUAAAGCAAGGAUGGCGUACCUCUCAAACUCUAGCUAACCAGUUCUGGAAGCGUUGGCUAACAGACUACCUGCCAGAAAUCACCAGACGAACAAAGUGGUUCGUCCACACACGGCCAGUUAGGAAAGGAGACAUCGUGGUCAUCGUAGAUCCUAAGCUGCCCCGAAACUGCUGGCCGAAGGGCAAGGUCAUCGAUACCUGCGUAUCCAAGGACAAUCAGAUACGUUCUGCAACAGUGCGUACAGCGAGUGGCGUGUACGAGCGACCCGUGACCAAGCUUGCAGUUCUGGACGUCUUGCGUGACUAGAUGUAGGCCAACCUGAGGUCGACAUACCUGGGGGGAGUGUUAUCGGACCCAUCCGAAAAGCGCUCACCUUACCAUCGCACGUCAUGGUCAUCGAGGAACGCGGUUUGUUAAACGAAAAAAGGAAGAAAAGAAGUAAGUGACGCAUUGAUUUCCUGUGGGUGAAAAGAGCACACUCAGUUCGCUUAAGUUCAUUUUGUUUGAUAUAUUUGCCCGAUUAAGUCGAUUUACUAUAUAAGUAAAAGCUAUAUCUAAGGUUGGCUAGUGCUAAUUGCUACAAGCGAAGAGUUACCUAACCUAAUUUAAGGAGUCUAUACUAUAGUCGGAACACUCAGGCUCAGUGUUUCUAAGCCGACUGCUCGGUGAGGUUAGAAGACCGUAAGACUAACGAGGAAACUAAACGUAAGUCGAUCAAUUUCUUUAACUUAAAAUACCAUCAAUGAAGUCUCUAAAUUAUAUAAGUUUAUACAUGAUACUUAUCACUGAAAAUUUAUCGCAGGAAUAUUAUAAUCUCCCAAACCUAAAUUCAUCGUUUUUUAUUACCGGAGAUUAUACAUUCGGAAUUAACCCUCUCAUGCACGUUGACCAAAUUUGUCAACACUAUUGAUAGUUUUUAUUUAAAACGACGGUGUGCAUUUAAAUUGGAUUAACGUUUUGAUGAAGGAUUGACAAUACUGAAUAUUGACAUAAAUAUUGUCUCGUGUAAGCAGAGAUGCUAGGUAAAAAAUUCAUAUAUCUUCAGACUGCGUUGCAAAAGUCUGUGAAUUCGCUAAAAUGUCUGCGGACUUUCAUUUCUCUAUUAAAUUUGAUACACAAAACUGGUUUAACAAUAAAAAAACAGCGCGGCUAUUCCAAAAGUCUGUAAUUUGUCCGUUGACUUUUUCCUCGUCACUGCAAUCAAAUACAAAUAGAAUACCCAGACGGAAAAGUUUGAAUGUUUUCUUUCUCACUUUUUGUGAAAUCUGUAUGAAUCUGUAUUAAGUUUGGGAAAUCUGUACUCUGUAUUAAGCAUGUAUGUCGUAUGCGCAUGUGAAAAUCUGUAUAAAACAGAUAAAUCUGUUAUUUUUUAAAAAUCUGUUCCUGACUAAAAAUUAUCUGGAUUUGUCUGGGUCCAACUAUACACAAGGAAAUUUUGACCGGGUUUUAUUUUCAGUGUGCAAAAAAACAAAAAGGUCUCACAACCUAUCGAAUCACCAAAAUCAUUAAGAUCUAGUGAGAUCUAACAAAUUCUGGGAAAAUUGGAAAAAUCUGGUAAAAUGUGUUAAAUCUGGAUCUGGUUAGUUAGCGUGUCUGGCGAAGCGAGAAUAAUCUGUCAACCUGGCAAAACUAAAGAUCAUUUUUAUGUAUUUUUGGAGGAGAAUUCACUCAUUGUCGAGCUCCAAAAUGAGGUCGUUAUCUACUUAAACUUUGACUUGAUCCCAAUAAAAAUGGAUAGCGUGCUUUGUUACGGCAUAACACUUUGGGUAAAUUUACAAGUAAAUUUUAGGGUUUUGUCCCAAAGCGGCUAGGUAAGAUGAAGGUCGUUUGUUUCGAAGGCCAUUCGAAAUUUAGACGUCGAUUUUUCAUGGAUACAUCGACGUAAACAUUUCAAAAGGAUCUAAAAGUCAUUGACAAUUUUUUGUCUGCUUUCUCUUUCAACUAUCUUCGACUAUUACACUAAU